UCUUACAGGACGCUAGCAAAACACAGCGAUUGGCUGCUGUGGCCCAUCUACCAGCCGAAAGACGUGCCAGAAUCCAUCAACGGCAUUGACUUACAGCCCAUGAGUGGCAGCAUAACAAUCCGCAUCUUGAUUGGUGGAGCUUAGCCCAAAAACAGCACCUGGCGCCAGCCGCGCAAUUUGGCACAUAGCCAGCCCUCGGCUAGCCAAAAGUUGCCAGCAGCUAUGCUCCUCAUCAUCAACCUCGACGCGCGCCAGGACCGCCGCGCGUUCAUGGACCGGAGCUGCGUCGCGCCGCUCCGCGCCAUCAAGACGGACGUCGCCUACGUGCGGGCCGUCGCAGCCAGCGAAGCAGCUUCCGCGCAAUCUCUUUCAUCCUUCGAGCUUGAUGAAUCGAAGCUCGAGGCGCUCCUCGACGCCUGGCACAGUUCGGGAUGCGAGGCCGUCGCCCGGUCGGGCCUCGAGCGCUACUACUUGCGACCGGUAUCAAAUGAGGAGAAGGCGUGCACGCGGUCCCAUCGAUUAGCUUGGCAAAAAGCAAAAGAGGCCAUGCGCGAGGAUGCCGACCUGAAGUGGGUGCUGAUCGUCGAGGACGACUGCGUGCCGUGCCUGCACCCGGCCGCCGAGUCGCAGUGGAGCGCCUUCUACGGGCCGGCCUGGCAGGUCGCCUGGCGCCACAUCGCCAAGGCGAUGGAGAGUUGUGGAGAGGACUUUGAUUUCGUGUAUGUGGGGCGCCAUAGACUCGGCCCGGAAGACGAGUCGGACGCCGUCGUGCGGCCGGCGGGCUUCUCGUCCUGCUUGCACGCGUACUGCGUCACGCGCCAGGGCUGCGAUAGACUAUUGGAGAAGAGCGCGAACGUGCUGCUCGUGCCGGCGGACGAUCUGGUGCCGGCUCUAUGCGGCACGCACCCGCGCAAGGACCUACUGUCUACGAAGGAACCGCUGCGGGCCGGCUGUUUGCAACGGGACGUCCUGUUCCAGCUCCAGUCCAUCGCCCUACCAGGGGACGACGUCUACUCGAUCUCGCAGUCGUCGAUCGAACCGCCAGAGAUGCGAUCGAUGCGCCAGGAGCUGUGGCGCCACCCGUCGUUAUGGUUGGAGCGGAAGGAUAUUUUAACCUUAAGAUGCUGUGGGCGGGAACCUUUGAAAUCCCUUAAUGACGCAAGCGCGUGGCGCCGCGUCGUCCUCAUCUGUGUGGAAAUCAAAUUUCAGGCGCCCCACGCCAUCGACGCGAUGUUGUCUCCCUAGCUAUGUCUGCUCGAUGGCGUGAGGGUCCACAAAGGUCCACGCAAUAUUUCUCAGGAUAACCUAACUCACUGGUUGAUUCCACACAGGUCCUCAUGGCCGACGAUGAUGAACGGCCCCACAACGUCUUCGACGGUGGGAGACACGUAUCCUUCUCUGAGAAUGAUCUAAGUGCGGUAAACGUCUGGGAGGCGCUGUGUCGGAGGAACCACGGCGCUUCGUCACUGUUACCGUGGAACCCGCGGCCGCGUUUACAAAAGCCGCUGCCGGACGUCGAUCGGUUUUCGGCGGAGAGGUGCCUGAAACCCGCUAAUCCUCCGUCGGCGUCGGAACUCAUAGCGCACGGGGGCUCGCCCUUUCUACUGUCGAAUUUCUCCGAGACGCGGGCCUCAUUAACGGAUCUCGGGAGUCGACGGUGGCGCUGCUCGACGCAAGGGGAAUUGAACUGCAGGUGCACGGCGGAGGACCUGCAGAAAUAUAGUAACGUGACGACGGAUGACGACCCCCUGGUGUUAUUUGACCACGAGGACCUCCCCGAGAAUCUAGUGAUAGAACCACCAUCAUCGAUGCGCGACGACUUGUUGGAGGACUUUGCAUCCAAAACCGAGGAGCUCUGGCGCGACGCUGAGAGUGGAGCGGCGCAGUUGUUGGGGAGGGAACGUAAAUGGAUAGUGGGAGGCGGGCGCGGCGCGGGAAGCCAGUGGCACCGCGACCCCUUCUGGACGAGCGCGUACCACUGUCUGCUGUCGGGGCGGAAGCUCUGGUGCUUCUUCGCGCCGGCGGGCGCGGGCUGCCUGCCGCCCGGUUUAGUAGAUGAGCACUCGGCGCCGGCCGCGGACGGCUGGUUCCGCGAGUGGGAACAUUUGUUACGGUGCUCGGCGGAGCUCGCUGUCGACGGCGCCCUGGCCUGGUGCGUGCAGAGCCCGGGCGACUGCGUGUUGAUCCCGCCCGGGCUGUGGCACUGCACGCUCAACUUGGAAGAGUCCGUGGCGUUCACGCGGAACAUCGUGAACGGGCGCGACGCGAAGGCCGUGCGCGCGUCGGGGCUGGAGAUCACGCGGGACGACCCGGCAUUGGGGGAGGCGUACGCGCGGCUCGUGCGGGCGCGGCGGUCCGACGACGACUCGGGGAACGGGCACGAGCCCGUGCCGAUGGAGGAGUGAUAGUGAGGACGACGUAAAUUCCCUCGCUUAGUUA